AGGAGCGGCCGGGCAGGUUCAGCGGCACCGAGGGCGGCCCAGCUUCGAGCCCUGCGGCUUUCGCCCGCGGGAGGAGAGUCGACUGUAGGCGGCUCCUUCCUGUGCAAACUUUUCUGUCCUCUUCCUCCUCCCGCCCUCUCCACCCGCUUCUCGCCGCUCGGCGUCCAGCCUCGCCCGCCUCGCUGCCUCGGGGUCGCGACGCGCGGGGCAGCACCGGCCGCUCAGCCCUCCGCGCCGGCGUCGGCCCCACCCGGCGCGCGGGCCCGGCCGCCCGGAACCGAUGGCCGAGGCGGGCAGGAGUCCCGCGGGGCUCCCGCGCGAGCCGGCCGCUCAGGCGGCAGCUGCUCCCUCUGCAGAGCCCGAGGCUCCCGCUCUGCCGCCGGUGCCUGCCCUGCGCUGGCUGCCCGGGGACCUGAGUCCCCGCGGCCGCUCCCAGAGCGACCUCUCAUCGUCCUCCAGCAGGGGCCGCCCGCUCCGGGUCCACAUCUCCGGCUCAGUUGAUGGACUGGACAAAGCCUCCAUAGCAAACUCAGAUGGCCCCACAGCAGGUUCCCAGACACCUCCCUUCAAGAGAAAGGGGAAGCUCUCCACCAUUGGUAAAAUCUUCAAGCCUUGGAAAUGGAGAAAAAAGAAGACCAGCGACAAAUUCAGAGAAACCUCAGCAGUAUUAGAGAGGAAGAUAUCCACAAGACAAAGUAGAGAGGAGCUGAUAAGAAGGGGCGUGCUUAAGGAGUUGCCUGAUCAAGAUGGAGAUGUAACAGUUAACUUUGAAAAUUCAAACGGGCACAUGAUACCCAUCGGAGAGGAGUCUAUCCGAGAGGAGAAUGUAGGGAAGUCUGAAGAAGGUAAUGGCUCUGUAUCUGAGAAAUCACCACCUCGGGAGGAAAAGGCAGAAGAUAAGAAAGAGAACACUGAAAACCACUCUGAAACACCGGCAGCUCCUGCUCUACCUCCUUCAGCUCCUCCUAAGCCUAAACCCAAACCUAAACCCCCCAAAUCACCUGUGCCUCCCAAAGGGGCUACUGCUGGGGCCAGACACAAAGGUGACGAAGUGCCUCCCAUUAAAAAAAAUGCCAAGGCUCCUGGUAAGCAGGCCCCCGCCCCUCCACCCAAGCCAACGAGCCGCAACACGACCCGAGAGGCCGCUGGUUCUUCUCAUUCCAAAAAACCAACUGGCUCCAAAGCAUCAGCCUCACCAUCUACUUCAUCCACCUCUUCUCGUCCCAAAGCUUCCAAGGAGACAGUUACUAGCAAAACAGGGACAGUGGGGACCACAAAGGGCAAGAAGAAAGCUGGCAAGCAGCCGGCGACUUCCCGACUCUCCUCAGACACCACCACUGCUGGCACAUGCGACCUUAAAGGAGAGCCUUCGGAGACUGGAGUGGAGAGUCCAGCGCCUGAGCAGACUGUCCCUGGGGAGCAGACCACAGGCAAAGCCAAGCCUCCAGUCCCUCUACCCCCGGUGGCUCCACCACCCUCCCCGCCUGCCCCUCCUCUGCUUCUGGAGGAUCAGUGCAUUGUUGCCUCAGAUGCUCCAGUUGUCCUGGUCAGCGAUGGAGCUGACCUGCCUGCCUCUGCCUUAGACCCAAGUCAGCUCCUUUGGACUGAAGAGCCGACCAACAGAACCACUUUCCACUCAGUCGCUGGAUUAAGUGUUAGCAGAGAAAAUGCAAAAUGUUUUACAACCAAAGACGAGCUGGGGAAGGUGGCCCCUCAGCUGCUGACCCCUGAGCUGAUGGGAGACUCUUCAGAAUCCUUCAGCGCCCCAGAGGACGAAGGCCCAAGGGAGUACCAGGCCAACGACUCCGAUUCUGACGGGCCCAUCUUGUAUACCGAUGACGAUGAAGAAGAGGAUGAGGAUGAGGAUGGCAGUGGAGAAAGUGCUUUGGCAAGUAAGAUACGACGGAGGGACACUCUUGCUAUCAAGCUUGGCAACAGGCCGUCUAAGAAAGAAUUAGAAGACAAAAACAUCCUGCAGCGCACAUCUGAAGAAGAGAGGCAGGAAAUCCGACAGCAGAUUGGGACCAAGCUCGUCAGGAGACUCAGCCAGAGGCCCACCACUGAAGAAUUAGAGCAAAGAAAUAUCCUAAAACAAAAGAAUGAAGAAGAAGAACAAGAAGCAAAAAUGGAACUUAAACGCAGACUCAGCCGCAAGCUGAGCCUGAGACCCACAGUGGCAGAGCUACAAGCUCGAAGGAUCCUGCGGUUUAACGAGUAUGUAGAAGUCACCGAUUCCCCAGACUAUGACCGCCGGGCGGACAAGCCCUGGGCCAGGUUGACACCUGCAGACAAGGCAGCAAUAAGGAAAGAACUAAAUGAAUUUAAAAGCACAGAAAUGGAAGUACAUGAAGAGAGUCGACAGUUUACAAGGUUUCAUCGUCCAUAAUCAAGUGCAGAAGAAUUUGGAAACAUCAAUUGAGCGCCUUUUAGGGAAGUCCUUCUUCCUGAAAAUCUGAUGUUGCACUGAGAUUUGAAUGCGUGUGUUUCCGUUUAACCUGUGGUGAAGGAAGCUUGUGACUCGGCUUUGUUCGAAAGUGCUCCUCACCCAUACGGCCCAGAGGGGCCAACAAGCAAAGGAGACAGCAGUGAGCCUUGCUGCCCAGAAUGUGUAUUGAUGGUAAGGGGCACUAUGGUUACAUCAGCUGGUCCUCAUCAGGAGUUUUAAUCACAGAAGAUGAGCAGAAGACAAUCGCUGACUCCCUACCAGAAAGCCAAAUGUCUUGCGUGCGUGUGAAAGAAAAAUGGAGAUUGGAAUUGCUGGGCACCAGAAAGGGGUGGUAGUAGAAACUCAGAAAGAAAGAGAAAAAUAUUUCAUUAUGUUAAUGAAGAAGAGAGAAAAUUGAAGCAUAUAUGUAUUUUCGAAGUAAGCAUUUGGUAACUGAGAACUUACUAAGGGAUUUGGGAAUCUAAUCACCCCUGUGGAUUCCUUAAAGACUUGAUUCUAGAAUAUUCUUGUUUCACCAUUAAGUUGGUACAGUAUAGUACCAGUAUUUUAUGUUGUGCCAGUGAAUCCAGUUGCCAGAAACGUCUGAAUGUUUUCAUUCAUCUUUUUCUUAAAUACAAGAGGUUUCUAUUGACUCUGACCAAGCAUGCUUACACAAAUUGCAUGCUUUAAGUAGCAUGGCUGUUCACAUUUGACAUUUUUUUUAUAUUCCUUUCCUAGUGUACCAGCCCUCCACAUGGAUAACAGGACUGGACAUAAAGUCAGAUAUAAUACAGCUGUAUAAAUCUGUCAUAAGCUUUAGAAAUAAUUCUUUUGACCUUUCCCUAUCUUAUUAUCUCUAGAGUCAAGCAACCUACUUAAUCCAAAAAAGAUAGUAUCGACAAUCACGACACCCUUUUAAAAACCUGACUCCAAAGUUAAAAUGUAAGCAAUGUACAAGUGUGUGCUGCCUGCUGUUAGUUCGGAGGCGGGGGCAAAGGACCAGUUAUUUUUCAGUGCUGCAUUAAAAAAAAAAAAAAAAAAAAAAAAGAAGGAAGAAGAAGAUGGGUUGCUGCUAUUUAAAAAAUUAAUAAAUAAAUAAAAGCACAUGAAUAGAAAAAAAAAAUACCCCAAUGCUUAAAGAACACAGGAAAUUCUGCUAAGUUGUAUGGGAGGAAAACCUCAUCAUGUGUAUUGAGACUGUAGACUACAUCCAUAAAUACAGUAUUUACUUUCAAAGCCAGAGGAUCAGUGAGGUGAAAAUCACAGAUUUCCCUAUGAUCCUGAAGUCAGUAUUGUUUACAUUUUAAAGAGAGAAAAAAAAAAAAAACCUCUAUGACAGAAUCGAUCUUUUUCAUGGAGACAGGCCCAAG